AUGGACACAAAAUCUCUGGCGAAAUCGAAGAGAGCUCACACUCAACAUCACAACAAGAAAUCUCAUGCGGUUCAUAAGCAGAAAGCUGCAGAGAAUUCCAAAAAUCACGAGAAGCUCCAAGGAGGAGGAAACCAAACCGCGGCUGCUCUGAAAACAAAGAGUCCGGUUCAGUCUCGCCGUGUAUCUGCACUCCCGUCGAAUUGGGAUCGGUACGAUGAACAACUCGAUCCCGGUUUGGAAAAUGCUUCGAGAAACCAACCGGAGGAUGCGAUUUUGCCGAAAAGCAAAGGAGCAGAUUAUCUUCAUUUGUUAUCUGAAGCUCAAGCCGAGUCUCAAUCAAAGAUUGAGAUUGAUUCAGAUGGUCUAUCAUCGUUAGAUGAUCUUUUGCACGAUGAGUUUAGUCGUGUGGUUGGAUCUAUGAUCUCUGCUAGAGGGGAAAGUAUGCUUUCAUGGAUGGAAGAUGACAACUUCAUCGUUGAAGAAGAGGGGUCAGCUUCCUAUCACGAGCCUGGAUUCCUCUCCUUGAAUUUGAAUGCACUGGAGAAAAUGUUAGAGAAAGUGGAUUUGCAUGAGAGACUCUACAUUGAAGCUGAUCUUUUGCCGCCUGAGAUUUGUGCAUCUCAAUCAAAAGUGAGCCCAGAUAAAGACGUGGAGGCUGAGUCUCUGGAUCAAGUCAAGGACAUACCAAUAUUCACGGACCAGACAGAGAAACCUUCAGCAAUUGAAGACGAUCUAGAUUUGCUCCUCGAUUCCUACGCACUGGCCAGUGCCUCUAAUCAGAAUCCUUCAGCUUUUGAAGCUGAUUUGGAUUCGCUUCUCAACUCUAAUAGUGGCGCAGAGCCAUUCAACAAACCAGCGAACCCAUCUGGUCAAAAGAUUCAGACGACAGGUUUUGAUGACAUGCUUGAUGAUUUGCUCGAAAGUACUUCAGUAUCGACCAAACCACAGCAGAACCAGGCCUCUUCGUCGUCUUCUUCCUCCGUUGGCAAAUCCAAAGUUUUAGAUGAGUUUGAUUCUUGGUUAGACACUAUUUGA